AUGGUCUCCAUGGGAGAGCCAGGAGCCAACGGCAUCGAGCGGCUCUCUUCAGCUACAUCGACAGUCAACAACGCGUCGACCACGACCAUCUCUCCAACAUCUACGGCGACGAAUAACGCCCAGUUGACGAGGAAACCUAACGAGGCGGCUUCGGAUCAGAAUGCGAGCGACAACUCCUCAGGAAGACAGUACACCUCUCCGGUCUGCGGGUUGCAGCUCGAUAUAAAACCAGAAGUUUUGGCUGAGGUCAAAGUCGAGCAAGCCGAGGCUCAGUCCGAGAAGAGCCAUCGGAAGCAUUCUGAAAAAGCUCACCGCGAACGGCACAAAGAUGAAAAUCGACAGAAAGGCAGUUACAGGUCAUCUAAGGAUGGAUCUUCCCGAUGUUCUCGGUGUAAACGCCGACUGCAAAAAAUGCGCAACUGUAGCAUACAGUGCAAACGGGACCGGAGUACGCUGCCGCUGAAAAUAGAACCCAAAGGUCUGCAGACGGCGCGCUUCCCGGAAACCCUGGAAUACGAUCAUUACAAGUUCGGAAGGUUCUUCCGACGGGAGCGUCAUUCGAACGGCGGCGCAGACAUCCUGCAUCUUUAUUUCGAUGAAAUCCAACACCUGAACCCGGAAGAGAUGCAACGACUUGUGAAGGAGUACCUGAAAGAGACUUUCCGUGAAUCGACGCAAGGCUGCGCAAAAUACGUAGUGUCGGUGGUCCACAACGGAGCAUCGUACAUGCCAGACCUCGUCGACUAUUUCGCUGCGACACAUCCUCAAAUGAAAGUCAAAUGCGGAAUACUUGGCAGACAAAGUGACAUCGAGACAACCACCAUGCGCGAAUUCAAGGAUCUCGUAGAACGCACGUACAGUUGCGGUACUUAUCGCGCCGGACCCCUGCAUCAGAUCUCUGUGGUGGGAACAGCCCAGGAGGAGACGGGGGGCUUCUUUCCCGAUUUCCUGAAAAUGUUGGAGCAGAGCCCCUUCUUGAAACCGACAAUGCCGUGGGGCUCGUUAUCUGUCGAACAAUUCGACCCCCGGCACAGCAAUGACGGUCCAAUUGUUUGGGUCCGCCCGGGUGAACAAAUGGUUCCGACAGCCGAAGUCAAAGGAUCUCCGAUGAAACCGACUCGCAAAGAACUCAAGAACCUUUAUUACCAACCUCUGCGUUCGACGGAGCCCCGUGAGAUAUUUUUCGAGGACCGAACGAAGGCGCACGCGGACCAGGUUGGUCAGGGUCUUGACAGAAUGACGACGGCUGCCGUGGGGAUCCUCAAAGCUGUCAACGGGGAGAGAUGGUGCAAUCGUGUUACCAAGGAUGUGGUGGCGUUCCAUGCUAGCGACUAUUUGUCUCUGGUGGAGAAAUUGCAGCUGGACCUGCACGAGCCUCCUGUCUCUCAGUGCAUACAGUGGGUUGAAGACGCCAAACUCAAUCAACUACGCAGAGAAGGGGUUCGCUAUGCAAGAGUGAAUCUCUGUGACAAUGAUAUUUAUUUCCUUCCUCGCAAUAUCAUCCACCAGUUCCGCACGGUGACCGCCGUGGCCAGCAUAGCCUGGCAUCUUCGCCUCCGGCACUACUACCCCUCAGCGGAAACCGCACCGCUGACGGCGAAGACCACGUCGAGCUCAUCAGCCGAGUCGAAGGACUCCGAGGAAACUCCGAUGGAAAUCGAGGUCAAAUAGCGUGGU